AUGUGCCGUGUGUGUGUGGGUGUGCGUGCGUGUGAUUUGGGUUAUCUUCUCGAUACAGUUGGUUGUUCUGUUCUAAUACGCGUGUUUGUGUGUGGUUCAGGUGUUGCUUCAUCGGCCGCCUUCAGUGCUAUGGCUGCGAAGUGUGCUGGUGCUUACUCACUAGCCGCACUUCAUCUGGAAGGGGAUGCGUUCGAGUCAACAGUUGUUGUGCGGCGGCUAGAUACCGACGGGAAUGACGCUGCCUUACCUGGUUUGGUUCACAGAACUUGUUCUUUGAAUCGCCAUCCGUUGGCUCACACCACCGAUCAUCCGAAACGACCUCUCACUGGAAGCCAUGGUGGUGUUGGUUUCAGCGAAUUUGUUGACUUGAAGCAGUCAAUCAGCUGCGAUUUUUGA